AUGGCAACUACAGCAACUAUUCUUCAACCUGAUACGAUCGAAUAUUCACAAUUAUCAAAAACAAAAGCAAGUAAACUAUACGAUUUCAAUUGGUUAUCUGAUAAAGAAAUUGUCUUUGUGACUGACCUUUCACUGGAACAUUACGUCUUAAGUGCAAAACAACGAACUUUGCGGCAAUUGAAAACGCAUGAACUUAGCAAUAUUCAUUGGCAGUUGUUUUCACGCGAAAUGAAUCUUUUAUUGAUAUCAGCUGGCACACCGUCAGGCAAUUCAUUGAUUCCAUUUUCAUUCCAUAAGACACAACAACAGCAAUUAAUUAAACUACCGAAAUUUGAAGUUGAUUUACCACAAGUGACAAACCUACGUUCGAAUUCUACAGCAUCCAAUGCAGCGAAUCAAUCAACAAGUAAACGAUGCAAUGAAUUGACAGAACGAGAUUGUAUGUUAGCAAAUAUCUAUGGCAGAUCGUACCUUUUCAUUGUUCGACAAUUGUUUCGAGUUGCUGGACAAGGAUCGAUUGAGGUCGUUCUCUACCAGAUCGAGGAUGAUCAUAAACCUGCUCAAAAACGUCAUAUUCUACGCUUGAAUCUACAUGGUAGAUGUGCAUUAAACGUUGUAGAUAAUCUAAUCUUGAUUCAUCAUCAACCGACAACUUCAUGCUAUAUUUAUGACAUUGAAGAUAAAUCGACGUCACAAUACGAUGGAUUUCAAACUAUACACGAUCCUUUACUUUCGCAACUAUCAAUUCAACCGGUAAAUGUUAAUUGGCAAUUACUUUCCUCGACGAUGCCAACAGCACCAGCAACUAUUGAACUCUAUUCAUCCAAUUGGAUUGUUUUCUUACCCAAUGUUAUCAUUGAUGUCAAAAUGGGUUGUUUGUGGUACCUAUUAACCAAUCUGGAUUAUUUAUUGGACAUUAUACCUGAUCGGCUACUUUUAAUCGAUAUUUUACUACGACGAACAAGUGGUAAAGCAUCCAUCUUGACAUUAUUACGAACAUUACUAACAAAUAUCACUGCACCUGUUCAAAUUGACUCGAAUAAUGUUUCGAACAUGAGCUCGAGUCAUGUCUUAGAUUUGUGGAUUGAAAUGAUUGACCGUAUCAAUCGUGUUUUCAUCGAAAACUCUCCUAAUCGUCCUCUACUAGAUCAAUCGGACAUAUUUUCCGUUCUUUCACUAUUUUCUACUAUCGCGUCCAUAUCAGCAACAGGCAGUUCGACAAAAUUCCAUCGUUCAUUAUCGAUCACCUCGAAUGAUACAACAUUAGACGAACAUGAUCAAAAUCAUUCGUUAAAAUUCGCUACCAGUGUUGUCAUUGAGUACAUUCGUUCAUUAAAUGAUUAUAAUAUCUCGGUUCAAUAUUUUAUCUACGAAUUAUUAGUUAAUUUAUUAGUAAGAAAUAAUCAAUUUUUUCAGCUACAACAGUUAAUUCAAUAUCAAGUGUUAGCUGAUUCCUUGCAGCUCGCUUGUCUGCUUCUAUCGCUCUCGAACACUCAACAGCCCACAACGCAACUAGCACUUGAUAUGCUUAAACGUUUGACGAAUGCUAAUGAAGAAAUAGUCGAAAUUCUUCUUGGCCAUAAUUUUAUCAUCGAAGCUCUGCAUUUUUGCAUCGGUCAUCUGCCGAUCACUCGAACAUUGGCACGGAAACUUUUAGAAGCGGCGAUUAAAUCCGAUGAACUUCUGUCCUCGACAGCAUCCAAUCAGAAGAUUCUUUUUUAUACUGUUUAUACAUUCUUUGAAGAAUAUUUUCAACGUACAACAACUGUUAGUGCUUUAGCUCAAUCGACAAGUAAUAAUGAACAAAAAGAUGAACUUGAAAUGUUUAAAUCCCUAUUUAAUUUACACUUUCGUCAUCAAGAAUCAGAUGUGCCCAAUAUUCAGUGA